AUGGCGCUCGACGGCGCCACGAAGCUGUACAGGGAGAUCUACCAGGAGACCAGCAGCGGGGACCUUGGGAUCCAGGUGCGCGGAGGCCCCGUCUUCCGCUGCCACAGCCAGGUCCUGGCGAAGACGGGGGGCCUCGUCGGGAAGAUACGCCAGUUCGGCAGGCAGUUGCCGCGCCAGGUCCCAGAGGACAGCGUGCGCUUGCCGCUGGAUUAUUUCAGGGAGAAGAACUACACUACUCUCCUGGAGGACCUGGUGUCCAUCACGCUGUCGCAGCCCAUCGAGCGUUCGGCCCUGCGCGGGGCCGUGGGCUCGUUCCUGAACCAGCGGGAGGAUCCCAUGAAGCCCGGCUUCACCACCUCGCGCUUCGUCUCGGGGACCACCGGCGCCAUCAAGCGGGCCAACCCCUUCUGCUUGGCGGAGCGUUACGAGGUUGACUGCGACUGCGAGAGAAUGGCCGAGAUGCUCCGCUUCAGCUACCAGGGCGUCAUGUCCUUCUUCGAUAUCACGCCAAGCUCAGACAAGGAGAGGAUCUCACUCACAGACAAGAUGCUGAAGAUCCUGCUGGACGCAGAGAAGUUCUCGGUGGACGCUCUCUAUGAGCAGCUCCUCCGCUGGUUCUCCAAGGAGUCCUUCAAGAUCGUCGGCGAGCGAAACUACUGCAACGCCUUCUACGCACUGCAGCACUUCGAGCAGCGCUGCACCGAGGAGCACUCCCGGGAAGCCCUGGUCAACAUGGUAACCAACGAGAUGCUCGCGCAGCGGGGGCCGUUCAACGCCGUGACCCGCGACGCCCGUUGGGGCUCGCUUCCCGUCCAGUUCGUCGAGAAGAUCUUGGACUCCGACGCGCUGCCCAUCGACAGCGAGACGGAGGUCCUCAACCUGAUCGAGCGGUGGAACGCGAAUGCGAACAAGCAGAAGGAGGAGAUCGCGAUCCUGCUUGCCUGCUUCCGGCCGGACGAGGAGACGCGCGGGUCCCUCAUCGCCUGGGUGCGGAACAUGGGGUGGCUGGACGGGAACGACGUGAUGUCGAAGGCACCGCCCGGGCCAGCUUUUGACUCGAUCCGGAAGAUCCUGCAGGGGACCGGCCAGAGGAAGGAGCCCCGCACCAACCACGGCAGCGGCGCGUGGAUGGAGCAGGGGGGGCCCGGGAGCACCCGGGCGGCCUUCGACGAGUCGGCUUUCGGGAGGUCCGCCUUCGGGCGCACCGACGACUCCUCUGGCGGCGAGCAGCAGCAGCCCAACACCUUCCUGCAGUACAAGGGCGGCGUCGCCGUCUCGGAGGGGCACAGUUUCAGGAUAGGGGCACAGCAGCGCCUGGUCCAGGUGGACGCGCUCCGUCGGGCCGGCAUCCAGCGCAUGCGCGUCGCCUUCUCCAACCCGGGCGCGGCGCUGUGGGACGUCGACCACGAGGUCUUCGUCGGGCUGUCCUACGGCGAGGGGAGGUACUUCGGCUACAUCGUCAGCGGCACCGCCUUCGCCGGCAUCUUUGGCAUGAGGGCGCUGGCCAGCGCCGCCCCCGCACCGCAGAAGGCCGUGCACCUGACGGGCGGCGGGAACAAGGUCGAGUUCGAUCUGGCCCUAGAGGUGCAGCUGCACCGCGCCAACCUGGUGGUGGCCUGCAAGCUGCAGGUGAUCUUCGGCAACGAGGUCUUGACGGAGGAGUUCUUCCAGAUCUCCUACGAGACCUUGCGCACUGGACCUGGCCUGCGAUAUCAGGUCGUGGCUACUGGCUUGGGGGACGCGGAGCUUGAUGUCCAGCUUGCCUGGGUCGGCGGAGGCAUUGAAGGCGAGGAGGAAGACACCACGGUCGCCGGCAUGCUGGACUUCGCUGAGGGCGACUGA